AUGUCAUCUCGUAAGGGAGGGAAAAAGGCUGCGGUCAACUUAAGAAAAAUAACAGUUCUUGACCAAAAUACCUUAAGAGCUCUAGCUGAUGAGAGAGGUGGAGAUCUUGAAGAUUGUAAUAUAACUGAGCUUGAUUUUUCAGGAGAGCAUUUUGAGCUAGAAAGUUUAGAUGGGCUUCGCUACAUUGCUUGGAGAAACUUAAAAGCUUUAGAUGUGUCUAAUAACACUCUAGACAAGCUUGAUAAAGUCCUUAAUAAAUUCUCAACCUUCCAGACGAUUAUUGCUAUGAACAAUUUAUAGCAUUUUUUAUUAAAUUAUCAUUUUAUGUAAAAUAAAUAUUAAAAUAAUAUUCAUUGCUAUUAACUCCUCCCUCCACUAGCGAACAAAACCAUUGGAAAAAUCGCUAUUUUUGCUCAAAAGCUUACCCUCCGUUAGCGAGCAAAAGAUUUUUAUAAAAAAAUAUUUUGAUAUAUAAGUGAUAAUUAGUAAACGAAAUCUCUAGCUAUUUCUGUUAAAUAUUUUAUAGAUUGCAUUUUAAAACAUAAUUUUACAAAUUAAAUUAACAUUUACUUUCCAAUUUUUGCAAAUUAGGAUUUUUUUAAAUUUCGAAAAAAAAUUUAUUAUAUCGUUAGUUGCUUGUUUAAAAACAAUGCAACUUACAUGUGGAAUCAAAAGGGCUUCACAUGUGGAAUCAUCUUUUCACACGUCAAAAAGAUUCCAAAUGCAAGUUGCAUUGUUUAAAAGCAAGCAACUAACGAUAAAGUUUAUAUAUGCAAAUUUUAAAAAAAUACCCAGUUUUCGAACAAAAAAUUUUGUUCGCUCACACGGAGGGGGGAGUAAGGAUAAUUACUGUUGUCGAGCUAUCACUUCCUAAUUUAACUGAGAUUGAUUUAUCUAGAAAUUAUUUGCGGCAAAUUCCUGAUCUAUCAGGCGUUCCAAAGCUUGAAAGGCUUUUGCUAGGUUUUAAUGAAAUAGGAGGAGGCUAUGAUGAAUUAUCAAAUGUUCCUAAUUUAAUUUUGCUAGAUUUAUCCAACAACAGAUUAAAUUUUUCCCCUGUCGAACUGAACAGAUUUAUUGAAACUUUAAAAAUCCAUAUUUUUUUUUAAAAAAUUCAAAUAAAUAAUUAUAUAGCCCAGGAGCGAUUAUUGAUCGCCCUGGGCUAUAAUAAGGCUCAGAAACUCCUGAGUUGGUUUUGCAAUUCAAGUUGACAAACCAACUCGGGGGUUUCUGAGCCUUAUUAUAGCCCAAGGCGAUCAAUAAUCGCUCCUGGGCUAUAUUUAUAAAAAAAUAACCGAGAAACUUUAACAGGACUUAAAAAAAUUGAUAACCUUAGGGUAUUUAAUAAUCCCUUUUGUGACAAUAUUCAGCAAUACGAAUACUAUUUUAUCUACCGAAUAGACUCCCUCACAACCCUAAAUAACGAGCUCGUAACCAAAGACCUAAAAGCAGAAGUCAAAAGAACCAAGCUAAAACCUUUAGAGCAAGUAUUCAAAGACGCCACAGCGGCUCGACAAGCAAUCCAAGGCGUCAUCGAGCUGGAAACCGAAAAAAUGCCAAAACUCGAAGAUUUGCAUUCAAAUUUACAAAGAGCCAAAAACGACCCCACACAAUGCUUGAUUUUAUUUAAAAAAGUAUCAAAAGACGUAGAAAAUAUAGUAAAUAGGCCUGCUGAGAGGUUUAUGAUUUUUAAAGCAAACACUCCUGAAGAACAAAGCGCAAUUCGUAUGCACAUUGACUCGUUUUUACAAGAAGCUGUUAUGAUGAUUGAAGAUAUGCCGACUAUGAGAACCCCAGUUUUAAGGCUUUUAGCGUCUCUGACUGAAGUAGAGGAAGGAAAUUUCGGUCAAAAAUGCUUAAAAAUUCUACAAGACUUAUUUGUGUCUGGUCCAGAAAUCGCCCAAGAAAUUGAAGAAAUUUUGAGAAAAAUCAUUAUCCCAAAAAUCAGGCAAAGUAAGGUAGAAAAUAUAUAAAAUUAUAAUAAAUAUAGAAAAAUCAAUAUAAAAGUAGGAUUUUCAGGACUAUUUUUAAGCAGAAUAUUUCGAAAGAUUUGCUGAAAGGUGUGAUUAGGCUAUCAAAAGACCAAGAUAUUUCUGAUAUGUUAAGAGACUUGAUUGAUACCAUGGCAGAAUGAAUGAGAACAGAAGUAAACGCAGAAGAGCUGAGGAUUGUAGAAGGCGAGCUUGAAGAAGACUUAAAGCGCGACAUCCACAGCUACGCUAUAGCACUGGUAGCAGCCACUGCCAAUGAAAGCAGAAAUGCAGAAGCUAUGACUGAAAAAAGAAUCGCAGACUACACCGCAAGACUUCUUAAAGUAAUGGAAAGAGAAACAGAGCCCAGCAAUAUGUUAGCUAAACAAGAAGGCAUGAAAGAGACCAUCAGCAGGCUAAAACAUGUCUUAAAAGUCAUCGAAAAUAGCUCAUGACAUUUGAUCGUGGCUUUUUGCUAGACAUUUCCUCAGGAAUUUGUUCAAAAUUUUUUAAAGCGAAAACCCAAAUGUCUCACAAGGGAAAAAAAAAUUUAGACCAAAUGUCUAGCAAAAAACCAAAAGGAAAAAAGCAUGUACCCGUCGAAAAUAUGUCAAAAAACUACCCCAAAUCUGCUGCUAUUUUUGUAGCCGACGAAAUUCACCAAAAAUUAUUAAGAGACAUAUGGGAAUAUUCAAUGUUCUACAAAGCAAAUGGUUACAACUUUGGAGGCGGCUCUGGGGCAGUGUCAGAAACUGCCGAAAUGAUGUACUAUAAGCUGCUUACUUCUUAUAUAAACGCUUUAGCCGGCCUUUGUAAGGAAAGUAAAUGUGUGGAUUAUAUCAAUACUUUAGCAAAAGAAAUUCGUGACGAAAUUCUUAACGUGGCCGUCAUGCCAAAAACAGACCCAGUCCUUCUGACAGCCAUUUUAGAACUAAUUUAUGCAAUAAUUUCCUCUCCAACUAUGAUAAAAAACGAAAACGCCAACACUUUUAAGCAUUUUUCUAAUUCUCUACAAAAACUUCUACCAUUUUUGUCAUAUAUGGGAGGGAAAAAAUACAAAGAUAUUUGCAUUUUAGGAGAAAAAUACGCUAAAGGGACUAUGGUUGGGCAGGAUCCUAUUAUAAUUUCUUCCCUUACCAAUAAGUAUUUACAUAACUUAUUUAUUUCGAUUAUUCAGCUUAUACAGUUUUUCUGCUAUAAAAGUAUAGACGAGUCCAUACCAAAAGAAAUAAAAACGUGCUGCGCGUCAGUUUCGUCAGCUUUAAAUGCAAACAACAGAGAAGAAUAUCUUUUUAACUGUUUAGAAAUCCCUAAUGACAGCGUAAAAAUCGCGGUUGUGCUUUGUUUGGACAAAAUUCCUAUAUCAGAAAUUGAUAUAGAGGAAACUGGGCAUAUUGUAAGGGUGCUAGGGUCUUAUAAAAAUUUAGGUGUAGGGAGGACUGAAGAAGUUUUGAGCCAAAUUUUUUUACUUUUAGCGAAAAUUGUAGAUGAUGAAGAAAAAGGGGAGGAUUUUAGAAGCAAGUUUGGAGAAAUGGUCGUCACUGAGUGUUUAUUCUGGCUAAAAUAAAUAUAAAUAGUACAGUUUUAUUUAAUUUUAUAUGGAAAAUCAUAGAAAAAGGGAUAAGUAUUUUACAUCGAAACCAAAUCAGAGAUUUGAGAAGCCAAGAAGACGAAAAUUUAGAAAAAAUGUAUUUGACGUCCACAGCUGUCCUUUUUUUAAAAAAAUGCUCAAUGCACCAAUCACUGCGGCCUUAUUUAGAAAACUCAGUUGUGGAAGAAAAAAUGAGGAUGAUUUUGAAAGCAGAAGAAAUGUUUUCUACUGCCAAAGAAGCCCCUGUAGACAUAGAAAGAACGUGGCUUGGGAGCAAUGUUGAGCCUUUACUGCUAAAUUGCGUAGGAAACAACCAUUUAUGGCCUUACUCAGAAGUAUCUUUUAGAGUAAUCCAAAGAAUUGCAGACGUCCUUAUAGGAGCUCCAGAAAAAGAGCUAUUUAAAUCUCAGGACACUGAAGAAAACAAACUAGAAGCCCUAGUAGAUUACAAUAUAGAAGUUAAUAAAGAAAGAAUUAAAGAAGAAUGCUCAGCCUGGGUCGUCUCAGAAGAAGCCAGUCUCGGGUUCAGCAAAGAACGCAUCCACUUCCAGCACCAAAAAUUCUGCCAAAUCAAAGGAAUUACCACCAUUUUGACCUUUUUAAUGGGAAAAAGCUCCCUAAACAGCUUAGAGCUUGAAAAAGAGCUGACUGCCGAAUAUGACCCUAUAUACGAGCAGCAGACCUUAUUAAGCAAUAUUUCUAAUAAAUGUAGCGAGCUUACCAUUGAUUAUGAAGAGCAGGUAAAAAGAGCUGACGAAGAAGAAAACCGACAAAUGGGGAUGGAGGACUUAAAUAGGCCAGAAAAAUUAGACGACACAGGACUGCUUAUGAAAGCUAUGGAGGAACAAGACAUCGGCUCAGACGCCCACAGCUACGCGAUUAGGAAUAAUGAUUUUUUUAUACAAAAUUACAGGUGAAUUAAUGCUGAAAAAUAUAUGUUGAGGUCCAGAAUUUUGGCGGCUUUUUUAAGAUGCAUUUAUGCUACUAUUGAAUUUGGGGAUCUAUCAAUUAGACUGCAUACGCUAGAACAAAUAAAACACCCAGUGACACUUAGAAAUAUUACAAAAUUAUGCGCGACAACAGGCUGGAAAUAUUCUACUUUGGCAGCGAAAUAUUUAAGGUGUGUAAAACAUAUCAUAAAAUUGUCUCCAAUUUCGAAUUUUAGACCUAAAGAAGACGUGGUUUUGCUAGAAAUAAUUUCUCAUGCGGUGAAAGAUAUAUUGGUACUUAUGGAUAUAAAAAUUACUAAUAGAGAUAGGGAGCCGCUGUCUCCUGAUGAUUUUUUCUUAUUGUCAGAAUUAGCGUCACUGGGGUCAGGGAUCUGUACAGCGAUAGGCGCCUUUCAAUGGUCUGAUAUUAUUGAUAGUGUUUAUAUAGAAAGAACGUCACAGAUGAUUAAAAGUGUCCAAGAGCAGGCUGAAGCGUAUUUAUUAGAACAGCUGAUUCCUACAGAUUCAGUAAGGUUUUAUGUGGAAAUGCUAUUUUUAAUAAUGACGUCUAAUGAAAGAAUGGUACAAAGCUCGUAUUCAAAGCCAGAAAAAGAAAUGCUUUAUACUGAUAUGGCAAAAGAUUUCAUUGGAAAUAUUAUGGGGACCUAUAUAGCCAUUAGUGAGGACUCGAAAUACAGGGUGCUAGAAUUUUGCAAAAUUGGGGAAAUUUUUGAAAAAAAAAUAUUUAAUCCGACUUAUUUGCAAGAAAUUUUGAACAGGUCAAGCACGAUUCUGUUUGGAUCUGAGCUGGCAAAGCUAAUGAAAAGAAAAUAUUUGGAAUAUAAGCUUGCAACGGAGCAGCUAGAGCGUGUAACAGCUGUUGUCUGGGCUGAUAUGGGUACCUAUGGCUCAAACUCAAUUAAAAAAAUGCUGAUUCUUGUCACAAGUACCUGCCUACAUCUUCUUAACCCUUGCACACAGCCUCCUUGUCCUUUAUGUGGUGAAGAAAGAUUCUGCCCUGCUCCUCCUACUUAUGAAGUCAAUAUACAGUUUAGCGAGAUCACAAAAAUCAUUUACAUUCCUCAAUUUCCUCAAUUUGUAGCUAUAAGAUAUGGCUCAAAAAUGCUUAUGUUUAUUACCAAAUCUAUAUCAGGUGGGAAAACACUAGGAGAACUAUUAAGUGACGUCAAAACUGAGCUAUCAGAUAAUUAUAAAAAUAAUAAUUUUUUUUUAUAUGAAAAAAAAAUUUAUUUUAAUUUAACCCUUGGAAUUUUUUAACGACAGCCUUAGCUAUCAAAAUCUAGAGAAGAAGAAGAAGGUUACGCAGAAGAUGAAAAAGAGCCAGAGUACCAAGAAGAUAAGUGCUUUGUGGACUCUUUAGAACACUUUUUGUUUCAGCAGGAUAAAGGAGAUUUGAAACUUAUGAUGUUUGCGUCUUUUAAUCCUAAUAAACCUAUACCCUUCCAAGGAUUGAAAAUUUUUGUGAAUGGGACAUUAUUUGUGGUGACGGCAAAAAGCUUGCUGCUAGUUAUGAAUGUAAACUUCAAACAUUGGGAGUUUUUUAAUCCUGAUAAUAUUAAGAAAGCUGACGAUGAAGAGCUUGCAAAUAUCCCGAAAACUUUGGUGAAAAAUGGGAUGGCCUUCGAAAUUUUUUUAAAAAUUUAUUAUUUAUCUUGGGGAUUAUUAAAUAGACUAAAAUUUUAUAUUAAAAUAAAAUAAAAAUAGAAUAUAAAUUUUAACACCAAAAAAUGACCUAUUCUCAAUUGUAAAAGAGCUUGACCUCGGAAAAUCCUCAAACAUUGUCAUUCCUAGGGCUGGCGAGUUUAAAUUUAUAAUCGAAACUGACACCAAAUACACCUUCCAGUUCGGGGAUGAUUUAGCAUUAGAAAUUUUCCAAAGGAAUGUCAUGAGAGAUGUAUAUAAGCUGAAAGGAGGACAAAAAGUAAAAGAGCAGGACAAAAAAGGCAAGAAAAAGAAAUAA